UUUUGAAAGGGGUGGAAAAUAUAUUUUGAUAUAUAUUCUUCCGUCAGCCCCUCAUUGACUAUCAACGAAAAAGCUGCCCACAUGUCCAUUGCUUGAGAGCAAAUAGCAGCAGCAGCAGCAGCAGCAGCAGCGAUUUUGCAAAAGCUUCCGAGAUCCGAGGUCUUCUUUCCAGUUUCUGCAACCCAGGCGAGACGUUUUUGGUGCUCCUUGCAAACUUUUCGUUGUCGUUGCCGCUGGGCUCGAAUCUUUUCAUGCAGUUUUAAGAGACCCUGCCACUUUCGCUUUUUCACCCCUCCCCACCCUCCUCUUCCUCCCCCCACCCACCCCCUCUUCCCACCCCCUCUUGCUCGCUUUUUUCAUUUCCACCGAUAUCCCUCCCUGGGCCGCUUUCUCGCAUGAAUCUCCUCGACCCUUUCCUGAAGAUGACCGAGGAGCAGGAGAAAUGCCUGUCCGGCGCCCCCAGCCCCACCAUGUCGGACGAUUCGGCCGGCUCCCCUUGCCCGUCGGGCUCUGGAUCGGACACCGAGAACACGCGUCCCCAAGAGAACACGUUCCCCAAAAGCGACCCGGACCUGAAGAAAGAGAGCGACGAGGACAAGUUCCCCGUGUGCAUCCGAGAAGCCGUCAGCCAGGUCUUGAAGGGCUACGACUGGACGCUGGUGCCCAUGCCCGUGCGCGUGAACGGAUCCAGCAAGAACAAGCCCCACGUCAAGCGCCCCAUGAACGCCUUCAUGGUGUGGGCGCAGGCCGCGCGCAGGAAGCUCGCCGACCAGUAUCCGCACCUGCACAAUGCCGAGCUGAGCAAGACGCUGGGCAAACUCUGGAGGUUACUGAAUGAGAGUGAGAAACGCCCAUUUGUGGAGGAGGCGGAAAGGCUGAGGGUGCAGCAUAAAAAAGACCAUCCAGACUAUAAGUACCAGCCACGAAGGAGAAAGUCGGUCAAGAACGGGCAGGCUGAGCAAGAGGAAGGAUCUGAGCAAACUCACAUCUCCCCUAAUGCCAUCUUCAAGGCCCUGCAGGCGGAUUCUCCCCAGUCUUCAUCCAGCAUGAGCGAAGUGCAUUCCCCCGGGGAACAUUCUGGACAGUCUCAAGGGCCACCGACCCCUCCCACUACACCUAAAACAGAUGUGCAGCCCGGUAAGCAGGACCUGAAACGGGAAGGGCGCCCCCUGCAGGAAGGAGGAAGGCAGCCGCCCCACAUCGACUUCCGAGACGUGGACAUUGGCGAGCUCAGCAGCGACGUCAUCUCCAACAUCGAGACCUUUGACGUCAACGAGUUCGACCAGUAUCUCCCGCCCAACGGCCACCCCGGGGUCCCGGCCACCCAUGGCCAGCCCGGCCAAGUCACCUAUACCGGCAGCUACGGAAUCAGCAGCACGGCAGCCGCUCCAGCCGGCACAGGGCAUGUCUGGAUGUCCAAGCAGCCGCAGCAGCCGCCGCCUCCAUCUCAGCAGCCGCCGUCCCAAGCGCCGCAGCAGGCCCCACAGCAACCGCAGCACACCUUAACCACGCUGAGCAGCGAGCCAGGGCAGGCCCAGCAGAGGACACACAUCAAGACCGAGCAGCUGAGCCCCAGCCAUUACAGCGAGCAGCAGCAGCACUCGCCCCAGCAGAUCAGCUACAGCUCCUUCAACCUGCAGCACUACAGCUCCUCCUACCCCACCAUCACUCGCUCGCAGUACGAUUACACAGACCACCAGAGCUCCAACUCGUACUACAGCCACGCUGCCGGCCAGAGCUCCAGCCUCUACUCUACCUUCACGUACAUGAACCCCGCCCAGAGGCCGAUGUACACGCCCAUUGCAGACACUGCGGGGGUGCCUUCCAUUCCUCAGACCCACAGCCCGCAACAUUGGGAGCAGCCUGUCUACACGCAGCUCACCAGGCCGUAAGGUUUUUGACGGAC